GUAUAGAGGUGUUGUCAAAAAGCUCGCACGGGGAGGAAAGUCGCAGUAUCCGUGCAUUUCUUUCGCGUGUGUUUGGUGUCAGCUAUGGUCACACAAGAUUCUGGGAGCAUCAUGGACAAGAGCAGCAGUAACCUGGUCCCGAUCGUAGGCAAAAGGGUUUUUGUCAUCGGAGUGGGUAUGACCAAGUUUGAAAAGCCUGGCCGUCGUAAAAAUUUUGAUUAUCCAGAUAUGGCAAAGGAAGCAGGUCAAAAGGCUCUUGCUGAUGCAGGCAUUCCAUACUCAUUCAUAGAGCAGGCAUAUGUAGGCCAUGUUUAUGGUGACUCAACCUCUGGGCAGAGGGCUAUUUAUCACAAUUUGGGUCUAACAGGUAUCCCUAUUGUAAACGUUAACAACAAUUGUGCUACUGGUUCAACAGCUUUGUUUCUAGCAGGACAAGUAAUAAAAGGAGUAUCCUGAUAGAGUGCAUCCAACAGACAAGCAUCUAGAAGUUAUGAUAAAUAAAUAUGGCCUAGAAACAAGCCCAUUGGCUCCACAAGUAUUUGGAAAUGCUGGCAAAGAACACAUGGAUAAAUAUGGGACAAAGCCUCAACACUUUGCAAAAAUUGCCUGGAAGAAUCAUAAGCAUUCAAUGAACAAUCCAAAUUCCCAGUUUCAAAAGGAAUACAGUUUAGAUGAAAUCUUACAAUCUCGCAAGAUUUUUGGCUUCUUGACAAUGUUGCAGUGUUGUCCAACAUCUGAUGGUGCAGCAGCUGUAGUCCUCGCUAGCGAAGAAUUUGUGAAGAAGAACGGAUUGGAGUCGAAAUCUGUUGAAAUUUUGGCCCAAGAGAUGCGGACUGACUUUCCGAGCACAUUUAACGAAAACAGCUGCAUUAAAAUGGUUGGUUUUGAUGUGACAAAGGAAGCUGCAAAAAAUUGUUUUUUGAAAACUGGCCUAACACCAGAAGAUGUGGACGUGAUUGAACUUCAUGACUGUUUCUCUUCUAAUGAAUUAAUUACAUAUGAAGCUCUGGGACUCUGUCCUGAAGGAGGAGCUGGUGAGCUGAUUGACAGAGGAGACACAACAUAUGGUGGAAAAUGGGUUAUAAAUCCCAGUGGUGGUUUGAUUUCAAAAGGACACCCACUGGGUGCUACAGGUCUGGCUCAGUGUGCUGAACUUUGCUGGCAGCUAAGAGGAGAAGCCGGAAAGAGGCAGGUUCCCGGUGCAAAGCUAGCUUUGCAGCAUAAUUUUGGCCUUGGUAGUGCGGUUGUAGUCUCUCUCUACAGAAUGGGCUUUCCAGAAGCUGCACGGAAUCGGAAUAUCCAGGCCAUUCCCACUAGAGCAAUGGUUGAUGGAUUUAAAUCAGCACUUGUAUUCAAAGAAAUUGAAAAGAAACUUCAAGAGGAAGGAGAACAGUAUGUCAAGAAAAUUGGUGGCAUUUUUGCCUUUAAAGUAAAAGAUGGUCCUGAGGGGAAAGAAGCUACUUGGGUAGUUGAUGUGAAAAAUGGUAAAGGCUGUGUGGAUAGUGACACUGAUAAGAAAGUCGACUGUACAAUUGUAAUGAGUGAUGAUGAUUUGCUGUCACUGAUGACGGGCAAAAUAAAUCCUCAGACCGCUUUCUUUCAAGGGAAGUUGAAAAUUACUGGGAAUAUGGGCAUGGCGAUGAAGCUACAGAAUCUACAGCUCCAAGCAGGCAAAGCUAAGCUUUGAGCCACUCUGACUUCGAGAUGGAAUGAAACUUGGAAAACAAGUUCCUUAAGAACUAGGCUGGAACUAGAUGUUGGAAGUAGCAUGUUCUCCAAAUACAUGUAUUUGACUUUAGAUUUCUUGAAGCAUUUAAUUGUUUAAUUGAAAUUUUGACAUUGCCUUCCAUAAAACCAUUACAAAGUUGGUAAAAUAUUAACAUUAAAGUAUCCAAGACCAUGUGGUAUGUAACAGAUUGCUGCAAAUCUAUCUAGAAUUACUUUUCAAUGUGCAAAAUGAGAAAUCAGUUGGCCAUAUUUUUUUGUACAAUUUUUAACACUAAGAAGAGCAGUAGGAAAGAAAAUGUGGUUUGUUGGCAAAAAUGUCUCCACGGUUUCUUUUUUAUUCUUUUAUACUUGUCAUAGACAAUUUUAAAAAAAUCCUUGUAUUUCGGCUGGAAUCUACUGAGCCAUUUUAGGCAAGGCCAAGUCGAGGGAUUUUUUAUCUCCCUUUGGCAGAUAUAUACAUAUAUUUGUAUAUAAAACCUGCUGACAUAUCACAAAUGGCUAUGCACAACCCAUUUUUGCCCAAAGUUGAUUUGGAAUUGUCGGGGAAGUAUUGAAGAAGUCCAAAGCUCCCACAGUUGAACAGAAUUAAGUAUACUUUUCUUUGGAUGUUACUAUCUAAAGCAAUUUGCUGCUUCUUUAACUUGCAAGGAUUGGAUAAGAAGUCAGUUUGUUUGCAUUAAUGGAGUUAAAUAAGAUAGCACCAGUUGCAAUUAAUAUCGUAGUGCUUUUCUGCAUAUUUAUAAAGAUAAAGGUAAAUACUUUUUAAACGCUUAAUUGGUUUAAUUAUGAUAUACUUAGAUAAGGAAACUGGAGAUUCUUUAAUAAAUUCCUUUAUAAUAUGCUAUUUUUUUAAUCCAUUCUGGUUGGAGGUAAUGUAUUCUGUUCUGCAACUUUCUUAGUAAAUUUAAAUCAAAUCUUC